AUGCUGGUGACCACCAGGCCUUCCCUGGAAGUGACCCUUGGCUGGAUCCAGGGAAGCCCCGGGCGCACCCAGCACCACGGCCAGUUCAGGGCCCCUGCUCUUUCUGGCGCCCGUUUCCAGCUGGUGCAGGGCGUGCCCAGUGCCCCUUCCAGAUACUUCCCCACAGAAACACCUUCUCCUUCCUCCAGACUUGACAACGGGGUGGAGGGCAGCCGGGAGCGCGGGGAAUUCUACAAAGUAAGCAUGUUGUCAGCUUUCACCGCUCCCUUCAAGCACUUAAGCCCCGGGGCCACAAACACGGAGGACGAAGACAAUCUAAGUAUCAGCAGCGCCGACGUGAAGGAAAACCGCAACAUGAGCAACCUGGAGGCCCGGCCCCUGCCCGCCAGUGAUGGGGCCCGAGGCGGCACGCCCGGCAUGAAGAGGAAGAGGCCCCUGGAGGAGGGCAAUGGCGGCCACCUGUGCAAGGUGCAGCUCAUCUGGAAGAAGCUCUCGUGGUCCGUGGCGCCCAAGAAUGCACUGGUACAGCUCCACGACCUGCGUCCGGGCCUGCAGUACCGCAUGGUGUCCCAGACCGGCCCGGUGCACGCCCCCGUCUUCGCUGUGGCCGUGGAGGUGAAUGGGCUCACGUUCGAGGGCACGGGGCCCACCAAGAAGAAAGCCAAGAUGCGGGCAGCCGAGCUGGCCCUGAGGUCCUUCGUGCAGUUCCCCAACGCCUGCCAGGCCCACCUGGCCAUGGGCAGCAGCGCCAGCCCGUCCACGGACUUCACCUCGGACCAGGCUGACUUCCCUGGCACGCUGUUCAAGGAGUUCGAGCCGGCCGCCCCCGGCGAUGCCUACGCAGGCCGCCGCCCCGCUGAUGCCGGGCUGUUGCCCUCCGCCUGCCGGAGGGGACGACUGCUCUGCCACCCCCUGGACCUGGUGGGCCCGGCGCGGCCAGACAGACCCAGGCCGGGCCCUGCGGCCCCGGGCGACAGGAACCCCGUGGUUGUGCUGAACCAGCUGCGCUCCGGCCUGCGCUACGUGUGCCUCGCAGAGCCGGCCGAGAAGCAGCGCACCAAGAGCUUCGUCAUGGCCGUGUGCGUGGACGGCAGGACGUUCGAAGGCUCGGGACGCAGCAAGAAGCUGGCCAAGGGCCAGGCAGCUCAGGCUGCCCUCCAGGCUCUCUUCAACAUCCGGCUGCCCGGCCACACCCCCAGCAGGAGUAAGAGUUACCUCCUGCCCCAGGAAUUCGCAGACUCCGUGUCCCAGCUGGUCACGCAGAAGUUCCACGAGCUGACUGUGGGCCUGGCGUCCACGCACGCCCGCCACAAAGCACUGGCAGGAAUCGUCAUGACCACAGGCUUGGACGUCAGGCAGGCGCAGGUCAUCGUUCUGUCCUCGGGGACCAAGUGCAUCAGCGGAGAGCACAUCAGUGACCAGGGGCUGGUCGUCAACGACUGCCACGCGGAGAUCGUAGCCAGGAGAGCGCUGGUCCACUUCCUGUACACACAGCUGGAGCUGCACCUGAGCAAGCGGCGGGAGGACUGGGAGCACUCGAUAUUUGAGCGGUCCAAGGACGGCGGCUACCGGCUGAGGGAAGACGUGCUAUUCCAUCUCUACGUGAGCACGUCCCCCUGCGGAGACGCCAGGCUCCACUCACCCUACGAGAUCACCACAGACCGUGUUUGCUGCCCGGCCUCGCUCACUAGCGAGAUGCAGGGUUCUCCCCGGGAGGCCGAGCGCAGGGCCGGCAGGGGCAGGAAGGGCCAGCAGCGGCAACAGGCGGGCCUCAUGACGGUAACUCAAAGCACUGAUUUCUGCAUCAAAGGGAAAGGCCUGGACUCAUUCCCCGGGGUAACUAUGUGCGCUCACCCCCCGCCACCGCCGAGGGCGUCUGGCUUCCGCCCGCCCCGCUUGGGCAAGCUCAUCCCCACGGAGGCCGACACGUCACCGGCAGCAGUGGGCCCGUCUGUGGGGAGCAGGGAGCGAGGCGACAGACUGCGGCAGUCAGGGAUGCCCACUGAAGACAAGCGCCUCACUACAAAGAAGGUCAAGCCCUUCAACGGCCGGUGGUGGAACGUGCUGGGACUGCAGGGUGCGCUGCUCUGCCACUUCAUUGAGCCUGUGUACCUGCACAGCAUCAUCGUGGGCAGUCUGCACCACACCGGCCACCUCUCCCGGGUCAUGAGCCUCCGGACCGAGGACAUCGGCCAGCUGCCAGCCUCGUACCGACACAACCAGCCCCUCCUCAGCGGAGUGAGCCUCGCCGAGGCGCGCCAGCCGGGGAAGUCUCCGCACUUCAGCGUGAACUGGGUGAUGGGCAACGCGGACGUGGAGGUUAUCGACGGCACCACCGGGAAGAGGAGCUGCGGGGGCUCGUCGCGGCUCUGCAAGCACGUGUUCUCGGCGCGGUGGGCGAGGCUUUAUGGAAAGCUGAGCACGCGGAUCCCGAGCCACGGAGACACGCCGUCCAUGUACUUUGAGGCCAAGCGGGGGGCGGGCACCUACCAGUCUGUCAAACAGCAGCUGUUCAAGGCAUUCCAGAAGGCCGGGCUGGGCACCUGGGUGAGGAAGCCGCCCGAGCAAGACCAGUUUCUACUGACUCUCUGAGCCACCAGACUCCAGUGUUCCCGGAGCGGGGCGAGCGCCCGGACCGGGCAGGGCGUGCGUGAGCGUGCGUGGGGCGGCAGGUGGUGCUCACUGGCUCCCCGCACCUAUUUCCCUUUGGUGUUCUGGAAGCACUCGCGUGGUCAGUGUUCCGUGGGCAA